UGUUGGCACCAAAACUUUAAUAAUAAUCAUUUAUAGAGCACUUUUCAAAACCCAAUUUAAAAGAUGUCACUGAUUCUUAAAACUCACUCCCAACCCUCAUCAUCUUGUAAUAGGAAACGUCUGAGUUUUGUAAUACAAUCAGCAAGAGUAACAUCUUUCUUCCUAUUGAUAAUCAUUUUAAAGCAUCACAUGUCAAAGUUCAGCCCUGACUUCCACAGUUUGUGCAGCAUAAUUCAGUUGUAGCAGCUCUGAGCUGAAAUCCAGAGAGAAUAGAGAUUAUAUUUGACUUUUGGACCCAUAAUACAGCCACUUUGGAGAAAUUUGGGGAAAUGUGCUUUUUUGAGGCUUUAAAAAUAUGUUUUGUGCAAUCUGGAUGGACUUUUUAAAAAGUGAAAUAAAUCAGAGCGCACAUAGUCUUAGAACUGCCGAUGAUUAUUACUGAUUUUGUGUACUAUAUCUUUAAGUUGACUCCGGUUACAUAACUGUUAGUUAUGAAAUCAUGUAAUCAGACUGCUCGCAGUGGCACCCAUGUGAAAAACUGUAUAUUAUAAAAGGUAAGAAAGACAAUACAAAGGUGUAGGAUUUGUAUCUACACCGCCCUGCGCAGCCUGGUCAGAGCUGGCACACAUCCGCACAACUUUCUGCCGAGUCAUCGGGACAGACACGCACCUCCGCCCCGGGACUGUGCGCUCCUCUCCAGGUCCGCUCAUCUUCUUCUUCAUCAUCAUCAUCAGCAGCAGCAGCAGCCAGACAGGACUGAGAUGUCAGGCGCGGUGAAGGAUGAACCGAGAGCACCGAGUGAUUGUCAGAGGUCUGAAACGAUCCACGUUGCCGUUAAAAGUCUCACAGAGAGCAAAGACUUCACCGUUAGCGGAGGCUGCACCGCCAGACAGCUGAAAUGGGGUCUAGCAGAGCGCCUGGGAGUCGCGGCAGAGCGGCUGGUGCUGAUCCAUUCCGGCCGGAUCCUCAGAGAGUCAGAACUCCUGAGUCACCUUAAAGCACAAGAUGGCUCAGUCAGCCUCUGCAUGAUCCAAAGGCCUCAGCAUUCAUCUGCUGCUCCCAACAGUGAUCCAGCUCCAGAUGAGGUCCAGUCAGAGCUCACAGCCGUUCUUGAUCCUGACCCUGAUAACUCCACACCAUCUCCCACCUCUCCCCUCUGUCUGGUGGAAGGUCUGGACAGUCUUGGCCUAACAAACAGCGGGCGUGGCUUCUUCCCUGCGCUCCAGCGGCAGAUGGAGAGCCAGCUGCUGGCUGACCCGCAGAUAAUGUGCCAUGUCCUGGGCAGCCCCUUUGUGCAGAGCACCCUCUCCACCUCCAGCCCUCAACUUACCAGACAGCUCAUUCUGUCAAAUCCUCAAAUUCAGCAGCUCCUGCAGACAAACCCAGAGGUGGGAGAUAUACUUAACAACGCAGAUGUCAUCACACAGGUGCUGGAGCUCGUCAGGAACCCUGACAUGAUAGAGGAAGUGAUGCGUAAUGAAGACAGAGCAUUAGACAAUUUGCAGCCAGAGCAGGACAACCCUGAAACCAUCACUGGUGAUUGUGAUGGCCUUCAGAAGACAGACACAAAAAGUCUCAAAUUAUCACAGAUCCAGAUAGGAGAACCCCCGGUUGUGACUACAUCAUCUGGGAAUCAACAGCCAACUGAAAAAGAAAGCGAGCAGACUUCACCCCUCUCCACUCACUCCACAGAUCCUCUCAGAGAAGUGAACGCCACGCCCAGAGCUGAUCCAAACCCUCAGAGCACUGCAGGCAUGCAGUCACUGCUAGAGGAGAUCAUGGCCAGUCCAGGACUGAUGGAGAGCCUGCUGUCUGGGCCGUAUGUCAGCAGUCUCCUGAAUUGCCUCAGCCAGAAUCCUGACCUGGCUGCACAGAUGCUGCUGAGCCACCCUUUGUUCUCAGGAAAUCCUCAGCUGCAGCAGCAGAUGAGACAGCAGAUCCCUCUCUUCCUGCAACAGAUGCAGAGUCCAGAGCUGCUGUCAGCCAUGUUGAACCCCAGAGCCAUGGAGGCUCUGCUACAGAUCCAACAGGCCCUACAGACUCUGGCUGCAGAGGCUCCUGCACUGAUACCUACGGCUGGACUCGGAAACAUUGGAGCCAGUGUUAAUGCUGCCCCUGAGCUAGCAUCCGACUCUGUCCUUAACGGCCAAUCAGGAAGUGGUCUUGGGGUUGCCACGGUGAUAGAGCAGCAGCAGCAGCAGUUUGUACAACAGAUGCUACAGGCACUGGCUAACAGCAAUUAUGGGGUCCAUGGUGAGGAGGUUGAGUUCCAGGAGGAGCUGGAGCAGCUGAGCUCAAUGGGCUUCAGCGACAGACAGGCAAACCUUCAGGCCCUCAUCAGCACAGGAGGAGACCUCACCACUGCUGUACAACACCUGCUCAGUCUCUGACACACACACACACACACACACACACACACACACACACACACACACACAGAUGUUGAUCUGUGCACAUAUACAUACAUAAGUAAAUGCACAUAUACAUAUUAGAUAUAAGCACGCACACUCAAACAUAAUAAUAAUAAUAAUAAUAAUAAUAAUAAUAAACUUAUCAUUAUCAAUGAUUAUAAAGUGCUUUACAAAAAUGAACAUGAGACAUGUAAGCCAUAUUUACAGUAUAUUGCUGUACUUUCAAAGUAAUCCUUAUAUUCAUUCCUUAACUUCCCAUACUAACCUCUGUCUGCAGUAGUACAUUAUGUUCAAUCAUAGCGUAACAGUCACCCUUAACCUAGUACGCUUAAUACUUGUUUUUCUUUAUCCGAAUUGAGGGUCUAAGGAUAGUGGGUACCGUAUGAUAUACAGAUUGUAAAGCCCCUUGAGGCAAAUUUGUGAUAUUUGACUGUAUAAAUACAUGUACAAAUUGACUUGACUUGCUUUUUAUGAAGUGAGAACUGAGAAAAUGUACACAUAUACAGUAGCAGGAUUUUUCCUUCCUUUUUGUCCUUCCAGAGUGAAUACUUUGGGUUAAUAUUAGGGUAAAAACAAAAGAAUACAAUCACUUUCACUCCGUCAGUGACACACACUGAAGCAGGUCCAUACAGGCACUUCAAUCCACCUUACAUAUGUAGACUUGUAGCAAUUGCAAACGUAAUCAGAGACAGGUCAUGGAUUAUUUAUCUCUGUGCAACGAUAUGAAGCUCAAGGCGCUUUUCAUCUUGCCACCUGGACAAUAAUGAAAUCUUGUAACACCCAGAGACAGUCAGAUGUCCUGGAAGCACACAGAGGAUUCACACUCUCGGUCUCAGUCAGCAGACUGAACCAGGAGCACAAUCUGUUGUGUGCUGUUCCCACUCUCCCUUGCUACUCUUGUGCUGUAAAGAUCAGACACACCAGCUAAUUAUAAAGUUUGUGUCCAAAGGUAGACUCGGCUCCAAAAGAUGUAUUUAAAAUGGAGAGGUUGACUUUGUGCAAAGCCAAAAAGUGCUUGAAUGUCAAUGUUUAUAUCACACAGGCUCACUUACAACACAACCUAUGCUGAUGAUGAUUAUGAUGAUUUACUUUACAUUGGUGAGGCUGUUCCUAGAAACCCUUUGUGCCAAACUAUCUUUCACUGCACUUACUGGUAAUACCUGGGAUUUACUGUUAUUUCCUUAUGCUUAUAUUCAACCUAGCUCCAGUAAAUACACCAUGCCACAGUGUUUUUAUGCCAUAAGGAGUGGGUACAUUUUGUAUCCGUUUGGAUUUCACUUAACAGCAAAUACUUUCACUCAUCUAGCUGACUUGUGGAUCUGAUGUAAUCUGUAAUCUGUUGAAUGCAAUUCUGUUAUUUACUUUUUGAGUCAGUCAACAAAAUUCUAUUGUCCCUCAGAUAUGUAUGUGUUUUAUUAUGUAUGCAGUUUGUCAUUUCACACAAAUUUAUGGUGAUGUCCUGCAUUGUAAAACAUGUUACAUUCCCUUCAUGCCUCCAUGUUCAUUGUAAUGUUAACAGUAGUUCUGCAAUAGGCUUAACCUUACAGGUAAUUCAACAGUAGUUUGGCUGCUACAAAUGAUUAUUUUCAUUAUCAAUUAAUCUGUCGAUUGUUUUUCUUUUGUGAUUAAUACAUUCAUCAUUUUAGUCUCUAAAAUGUCAGAAAAUACAAAAUCACAACUUCCCUAAACUAGCUAAAGGCCAAGGUGACGUCUUCAGGAUCAACUAAGAGUCCAAAGUCCAAAGAUGUUCCAUUUACAAUCAUAUUAAAAAGAUUGACAUUUGAGAAGCUGAAAAUAUAUAACAUUGUACCCAGAGUUGGUGUAGCAAUCAAUAAAGACAAGAGUCAUACACAAA